AUGACGAGCGAUCAGGACUUCAUGUUUGGAGGAGAGGCCCAGGUACCAGAUCACUGCAUGAUAGAUGAUGGUAACUGGAAUAGUCUCAUGGAUUACGACUCUUUCAUGACGCUCGACGACCCUGCUCUGGACCACUUCUUAGCUAGUCUUGAUGAAGACCAAAUGCCUUCGCGCAUCCUGCAGGCGGGGGCAGAUCGAGUUGAGCGCCCCCAGGCCGAGCAAGAUCGAGCUGAGAAAAUUCGAGCUGACAAGGAACGCGCCGAGCCUCAGGUAGGUCCAAUCCACAAAUUUUCAGCUCAGAAACCUUCAGCUCAGAAACUUCCAGCUCUGAAAGGCCCAUCCCACCCAGGUAGUAGGUAUGACGCCUGCAUCGAAGAAGCAUUUUCCAACGAAAACCUCAAGCAGAAUCUUCUCAGGCAGUCGUACAUCCAGCCUCCAAGCAUAGACUACCCCGACGACCGCCUGCACUACCUCGUGCAAACUCUAGCGCUGACCCAACGCUUCAGUCGCCUGCACCUCCGCUGGUGGAAGAUGCCCGUGAAAAAUUGGAUUCCAGAACUCCAACUCCUGCUCAAAGCCGUCAACGAUCCCGCCAGCGGCCUGACUCUCUGGACGCCCCUCGACGAAGUGCUCACUCUCAUCGAGAAGACGCUCAAAGACGAGAACCUCCUGACGACCAAGGCCCGCCAGCUCAAUCGCUCUAGCAUGCGCUGGACGAUUGCGGCGGUCAUGAAGAAGAUUGUUGAGCGCAAGACGGAUGAGGUUGAAGAGGAACUUCCUGCGCUGUUGGAGAAGAAGGGCAUGAAUGCGAGAUUGGCUACGAAGUAUGUUGUAGAUACUGUCCUUCAGGAUUGCGAGGAUCGCGGAUCGUUGAUGUUGGGAAGUGUGCCGGGCUUCAGUGACGCGUUUCGACGCCAGAGUGUUAGUAGUAAUUGGAGUUGGACAGACUAG